GUCGCCCCUGAAUUAUUUGAUCACAGUCGGAAUAAGCCGCCGCCGCCGCCACUGCCCAGCAAUGUUGAUCGACUGCGGCCCCUGGCUGAUUAUAUAAAUAGAUUCGGAUUCAACGUUGUAUACACAGAGAAAACCAGAGCUUCGAUCGAUACAUCGUCGAUCAUGGAUUCUGCGCAGCAAUCAGUUUCCCAGAGGUUAGCAGGCAAGGUCGUGCUGAUCACUGGCGGAGCAAGCGGCAUAGGCGCCAGCACCGCCGCUCUGUUCGCCCGAAAACGCCGACGUCCAGACCAAUCUGGGCCACUCCGUCGCCGAAGAAAUCAGCUCCGUCUCCCUUCACCCGGCCGGUCGCAUUCGUCUACUGCGACGUCACCAAGGAAUCCGACGUCCGGAGCGCGGUGGACAGCGUUGUUUCGGCACACGGGAAGCUCGACAUCCUCUUUGUUAAGGGAGACCGGGUCUAACGCCACUUCCCCCAUUAUCUCUACUACUGUUAUUCUGUUCCUAAUAUUGCUCCCACUACUAGCACUGAUUCUGUACCCAUCCUGUAUAAAUUGAUCACUUACUCAUCAAUAAGAAUACACAGAGAAUUACAGCUCCUACAUGGUCUCAG